AUGGUUUCCAAAUCAUUGAUAGCCCUUGCGGCGGCUUUCGCUACAGUUUGGGCUCAGACACUAACCGAGGCAUCAGAUGUUCCUACAUCGACGUCUGAGGAGACUGCCUCUGGAACAUCUUCUGCUGCGGAGAAGACUCAUACUAUUAACGUCGGAGCGUCCGGACACAAGUUCACACCUUCUGAACUAGAGGCUGACGUUGGAGACAUCAUUGAAUGGCGGUUCUAUCCAACUGACCACUGGGUCAUCCGAGGCGAUUACGACCACCCUUGUAUUCCUUACGAGUAUAUCGACUUGAACCGAAAGGGCUUCUCCAGUGGAACGCAAAAGGUUCAGGCCAUUACCGACGAUGCUCCUCGAUUCCGAGUUCGCGUCAAUGAUACUAAGCCUUUCACUUUCUACUGCGGAGCUCCUGGAUCAUGCGUAAAGUACCACAUGAUGGGCAUUGUCAACCCUUCCAAGAAUGAAACACUUGAAGGCUUGCUCAAGAACGCAAAGGAUGUCGAUUAUCAACUACGACCUGGAGACGAAUGGCCAAAGGAGGAGGACGAUCCUACUUCUACCGCAUCCCCAGGCAAAGACGAUGAUAGCUCCAACUCGGACAGUGAUAAUGGAGGCGGAAAGAAGUCGCUUUCUACGGGAGCCAUUGCUGGUAUCGCUGUUGGUGGUGCUGCUGUGCUCCUGCUCGCCGGUGCUCUCCUUUACCUCUGCGGUCGACGAGGUGGAUUUGACAAGGCCUACCGCAAGAGUUUCCGCAACAGUGCUAUUCCUCCUGGUCCUUCCGUUGUCGAGAACGCCGUCUACUCUCCUCAACAGAGUGUCGCUGACCCUUGGGCCGCUCAGAAGAGCCCCGGUCUCGUUGCGACUCCCUACAGUCACGGUCAGAGUCCUCCCAUCAGCCCUCAUCAGUCACUCGCCUACGGUACUCACCCUGGCAUGGUGAACCAAGAUGGUUCUCCCAUGAUGUACCAUGAUGGCCAGCAAUAUCAGUACCACGAACACUAUGCGCCACCUCCCAUGGCCGCUUCUCCUGCCACUACACCCAAGCCUCAAGAGGUCGCCCCCGUUGAACUCCCUGGCUCUCCUGACCCCGGACAUAACAACACCAACAACCGCGACGACAGAACAUUCUCUUGGAAUGGAGAUGAACAGGCACAGCGUCCAAUGAGGUAA